GCCCGUUCCGGGGCGGGGCCGCUCGGGGCCGCCGGGGCCGGGCGCGGCGGAGCCGGGUGCCCGGCGGCUGUGUGGGUGCUGAGCCCCCCACUUGGCCCCAGAGAUGCUGCCGGCCGUCUUCCUCCUCCUCCUCCUCCUCCUCCUCCUCCUCCUUGGGGGGACAGGGGGGUUGGCGCUGUCCUUCCCCCGGGACCUGGUGGCCCGCAGCACCGUGGGGCUGGCAGGCACCGCCGCCUACCCCCGCUUCAGCGGCCUCCGGGGCGACAACGUCACGGCCCAGCUCGGCCUCGACUUCCAGCGCAUGCUGCGGCUCAAUGGCACCCUCUUCGUGGCCGCCCGGGACCACGUUUACGCCUUCGACCUGGGGCAGGACAAGCGGACGCUGUACCCCGAGCGGCAGCAUCUCACCUGGGAGACGCGGGACCGGGAGAACUGCGCCAUGCGGGGCAAGCUGCAGGACGAGUGCUACAACUACAUCAAGGUGCUGGUGCCGCGGGACGCCCGGACCCUCUUCGCCUGCGGGACCAACGCCUUCAACCCCCUGUGCCGCACCUACGAGGUGGGCAGCCUGACGCAGGAGGGCGAGGAGGUGAGCGGCCAGGCCCGGUGCCCCUUCGACGCCAAGCAGAGCAACGUCGCCCUCUUCGCUGACGGCAGCCUGUACUCGGCCACGGUGGCCGACUUCCAGGCGAGCGACGCGGUGAUCUACCGGAGCCUGGGCGAGGGCGGCCCCCCCCUGCGCACCCUCAAGUACAGCUCCCGCUGGCUCCAGGAGCCCCACUUCGUGCAGGCCCUGCCCUACGGCCCCUACGUCUACUUCUUCUUCCGGGAGAUCGCCGUGGAGCUCAGCGCCCUGGGCAAGGUGGCAGUGGCACGGGUGGCACGGGUGUGCCGCAACGACCGCGGGGGCUCGCCGCGGGUGCUGGAGCGCCGCUGGACCUCCUUCCUCAAGGCCCGGCUCAACUGCUCGGUGCCGGGCGAUGCCGUCUUCUACUUCGACGUGCUGGAGGCCGUGACGCCCCCCCGGCGCCUGCACGGGCGCCCCGCCAUCCUCGCCCUCUUCGGCACCCAGCGCAACAGCAUCCCUGGCUCUGCCGUCUGCGCCUUCUACCUGGCCGACGUGGAGCGGGCGUUCGAGGGGCGCUUCCAGGAGCAGCGGGGCUCCGACGGCGCCUGGACCCCCGUGCCCGAGGAGCGGGUGCCGCGGCCCAGGCCGGGGUGCUGCGCGGGCGCGGGUUCGGCGGCGGCGUUUGGCAGCUCCAGCGACUUCCCCGACGAGACGCUGGCCUUCGCCAAGGCCCACCCGCUGCUGCGCGACGCCGUGGCCCCCGCCACCGGCCGGCCCCUCUUCACCCGCACCGGCAGCAGGCUGACGCAGCUGGCGGUGGACGCGGGCGCGGGGCCGCGAGGGAACCACACCGUGCUCUUCCUGGGCGCCGAGGACGGGCGGGUGCUGAAGGUGCUCGCGGCGGCACGGGACCCCGGGGACACCCAGGAGCCCAGUGACACCCGGGACCCCAAGGACACCCAGGAGCCCAGCUCCGAGGCGCUGCUGCUGGAGGAGAUCAGCCUCUACGACCCCGGGCGGUGCCGGGGGCCGCGGGGUGCCAGCCGGGUGCUGGGCCUGGAGCUGCACCCGCCAGGCCGGGAGCUGUACGUGGCCUUCGCCGGGUGCCUGGUGCGCCUGCCCCUGAGCCGCUGCGCCCGGCACGGCGCCUGCCGCAGGAGCUGCCUGGCCGCCCGCGACCCCUAUUGCGUGUGGCUGCCGGCCGGCGGCUGUGUCCCCUUCUCCGAGGACCUCCCGUCGGGCUUCGAGCAGGAUGUGGACGGAGCCCCUGGGCUCACAGGGACCUGCCAAGACAUGCCGACCACAGGGGACGGGAAUGGGGACGGGGACGGGGACGGGGACUUGGCCCACGGGGUGAGGCAGGACUCGCCGGGCGCCUCGGUGCCGCUGCCGGUGCUGGCGGGCUGCGUGCUGGGCGCCUUCGUGCUGGGCGCCCUGGCCGCCGGGCUGCUGGCUACCUGCUACCGGGGCCCCGCAGCACCCAAGGGUGCCGAGACCCCCCCGGUGCUCCCCGCCAGCCUCUGCCACGCGCCCGAGACACCCCCGCCGCCCGUCCCCCGCCUCUACCCCCCGCUGCCACCCCGCCACGGGGACCCCGGCGUCCGGGAGCAGCACCCGGAGCUGGCGCAGCUGCCCACCCCCGAGGCCACCCCGGAGCCGCCGGCCAAGACGCCCCGGGAGCGCGGCCAUGGCACCCCGGGGUGCCCCCCGGCCCCCACGCUGGCGGCCCCCCCCAAGGUCACCCUGGACGAGCUGCUGCAGCGGCUGCACGGGCCGGGCGGCUCGGGGGGGUGGCCGGUGGCCCCCAGCCCGCCGGGGGGGGCCGGCUCCUUCGGGAAGCGGGUGCAGCCGGACGCCCCGUAUUUCGGCGUGCGCCGCUUCGACGUGCCCCCCGACAGCCCGCCGCGGCGGCGGCCGCUGGCACAGAGACACUCACUGGGGGGGCCACCCGCCGGCCCCCCCGGCCUGGCACGGGGGCUCACCCGCAUGCAUUCGGCGGGGGCCAGCGGGGGGCUGGCGCGGGCCCCCCGGCACGGCGCCCUCGAGCGCUCGCUCUCCGCCAAGCCCCAGCUGCUGCCCAAACCCCUACUGGUCCCCUCGGCCCCGGGGAGGCCCUGAGCCACCCCGGGGACACGGGGACGUCCUCGUCCCCCCACCCAGGACAGGGCCUCGGAGGUGGCAUCCAAGGAUGGGGGGCCCCGAGCUGCUCUUGUCUCCCAGCUCUGGGUGAUGGGGGUCCCCGUGUUCCCCUAUCCAGGCGCUGGGUGAUCAGGUCCCCAUGUCCCCAAGCUGUCCCCAACUCCUUGCCCCAGGUGACCGGGUCCCCAUGUCCCCAAGCUGCCCCAGGCUCCCUGCCCUGGGUCAUGGGGGUCCCCAUGUUCCUGAGCCACCCCCAUCUCCCUGGGUGACAGGGUCCCCGUGUCCCCAGCUGCCCAUGUCUCCCAACCCCACGUGGUGGGGUCCCUGUGUCCCUGGCCAGCCCUGUCCCCUGCCUCACGUGACAAGAGUCCCUGCGUCCCUGACCACCCCCUCUCCCUGCCCCAGGUCACGGAGGUCCCUGUGUCCCCAAGCCACCCUGGUCUCCCAGCCCCUGGUGACAGGGUACUCGUUUCCCAAGUCACCCUCAUGUCCCAGCCCUGGGUGACAGGAUCCCCGUGUCCCUGGCCACCAUCAUGUCCCAGCCCCUGGUGACGGGGGUCCCCGUGUCCCUGGCCACCAUCAUGUCCCAGCCACUGGUGACAGGAGUGAUGGGGUCCCUGUGUCCCUGGCCAUCCACAUCCCAGUCCCAGGUUUCGGGGUCCCCGUCCGUCCCCAGCUCCCCCAAGGGCUCUUUCCUUUCUAAUUUAUUUGCCGCUUUGGGGGCCGUUGAAGCCACCGACGCAGCGCAGCCCCUCGCCGAUGGCCGUGGCCACCUCGGGGCCAAGGGGGCCAGGGAAGGGCGCAGGGGGCUCACGCUGCCGGCACUCGGCUCGUCCUACCGUGUAGGACCGGGGCUCAGCCCCGUGCAGGGCCCCGGGCGCCCGCGGCAAUUACAUGGUUUUUCUGUG